ACCUGUUUCAGCACUUGAUGUUCAUUCUUUCCUUCACCUUUUCUUUUACCUCCUCUCAUCCUCCAUUCAAUCCCUUCUCACCAUUCCUUUGUCUCCCUCCUGCGUUGAUACCUUGCUUGAUCUUGUUUGAUCGGGUGAGUCUCAGCUUGGGGGUCUUUCGUGCGCAAAAGAGAGAAGUGUUGAUAGCGGCGGCCAUACUGGCAAACUUGCUUGCCCCGAUUUGGAACCACGUGGAUGAUCGAUGUGGUUGAUCGCUCACGUGCCUGCUCAGGAUUCACUUCGAGGAGCUCAUCCCCAGCUACAGUAACUUACUAGGGUGCGUAGAUUUUCAUUCAUGACUGCUGUGGUUCAACUCAUCAGCACUCCAACAGCAAUUGUUGCCAAUGACUGGCAGCAACAAGGUUAAAUUAGCAGGUGUAUCGCCUGGGGUCUAUCUAUAGCUCGGCGUAGCUACUCUGAAACCAAGUUUGAUACAUCUUCAAUGAGUGAUGCACGGUGUGAACGAUAUGUGACAAGUCUAUGUGGAAUCCCGCUCAGGUUGCAAAUGUCACCACUUACGGUCGCUAGUCCUGGCAGUUCGCAUCAUCGAAUAUGUCGAAUGUAGUCCUGUGGGUGCUAUUACGGAGCACUAAACUCUACAUGCCUGCCACGUCCUGACUCCAUCUCUAGUGGAAAGCUGUUGCGAACUGUUCAAUAUAUCAGAUUAAUUUUCGAUGAUUAGCAAUGCCAUGAACAUGGAGUCCCGUACUGGAUGCCUGCGAGCAUUCUGCAUAGCUUCAGAACCAGUCAAAUGGUGCAAGGCUGCUCAGUAUCAUCCAUAACACCUACACCAUACACGACCGCAACGACGCGUAGUCUUCUACUGUCUACAACACACCACUCAAGAUGGCACAUUGGACCGAGUACUCCACGCCUGAUGCAGAACUCGCACCUCUUCUAGCCAAGCUUCCACCUUCGAUUCUCGGUUUAGACGACCCCGUCGCAACUAGGGAGAAGCUUAAGCACAUGCUUCCUGCGAUGCAGAAGGCCACUCAACAUGAGCUUCCUCCAGACGCAGACUAUCGUGUUGAGGACCGCAAGAUUCCGGUCGAAGGAGGCGAAAUCACGAUUCGCUGUUUGGUGCCAACGUCGGAAAGCGGCAAAACUUUCCCAGUUCUUGUCUGGUUCCAUGGAGGAGGAUGGUCCAUGGGUAGCAUUGACAUGGAUGAUUACAGUCUGCGACGGAUCUGCGUCACCCUCCAAAUCGUCAUCGUGAAUGUAGACUAUAGGCUUGUACCUGAACAUCCCUUCCCGACCAGUCUUGAUGAUUGCUACGCUGGUCUGAAAUGGACCGCAGAGAAUGCAUCUCUCAUAUCCGGUGCGGUCGACAAAGGUUUCCUCGUCGGCGGAUUCUCGGCUGGUGCUAGCGCCGCCACCAUCGUAGCCCACCGCGCUCGUGACGACGCUUUCUUCCAAGGUUGCCCGCUCACUGGGCAGGCUCUCCAAGUCCCUCAAGUUGUACACCCUGAUGCCUGUCCAGAACAAUAUAAGCCAUUGUUCCGCUCGAUUGAACAAAACAAGGACGCGCCGAUCCUCAAUCGAGAGGGCCUACUCAAGUCAAACGCAUUUGUUGGUGCUCGUCCGGAUGAUCCCAAUUUAUUUAUCCUGCUUGCUCCCAGCCAUGCAAACCUCCCGCCUACUUUCAUUCAGGUCGCCGGAGCAGAUCCACUUCGGGAUGAUGGUCUUGUUUAUGAACAAGUUCUGAGAGAAUCUGGCGUUCAGACCAAAUUUGAAGUAUAUCCCGGCAUGCCGCAUGGUGGACGAGCCAUGUUUCCCAAUACCGCAAUCUAUAAGAAAUGGGACAAGGAUCAGCUGGAGGGCUUACGAUGGUUGCUCAGAUAAGUGAAGCUCUCAGUCCAGAGUAACCGUAGCAUCGCGUGUACAGUAGAAGUUCUCCUUCGGGUGUAACAUUAUGAGUUAUAUAAAUUGUUGUGAUAUCUCGGCUCAAGGAAUGACUCUGCGUCGACCUCAUCGAAUCCUCUACUUCAUUCCUACGGCGAUUUCUUCUUCCCGGACAGUCUGCCAAUGUCCGUUAAUAUCUUCGGCUCCGCGACGCGAUAUCCAUGCACUAUAUCUGACUGUCACGCUUUUAUUCUCAGCAGUGCUUUGCUCCAAUGCUUCAAAGGCUGCUUGAAUAUGCGCCUUGCAUGUCUUUGCUCGGCAGAUACUCUCCCCUUCGCCGACCAUAAUAGUUAUGUUUGACAG